AUGAUUAUAGAUAUAUGUACAGUACAGCAACUAGUAGCACCAGCUGCAAGCAGCUUGCAGCCUAGUAACCAUGUAGAACAGUUGCGUCAUUAUCUGCAGAACGUUCACUUCUCACUUCUCUCUGACACAAUCUAUUUUGAUGAGGCCGGGAGCCGCCCAGGGUAUUAUGAUAUUGUCAACUGGAUAUUCCCUGACGGUCACACCGUGAUUGGAAACUUCAACGCUUCUGCACCAGAGAAAGAUCAGCUUUUUAUCAAUACAACAGCAUUCCAGUGGAACCAAAAGUUCACAAAGUUCCCUCGCUCCACGUGCAGUGAUACCUGUCACUCGGGCUAUAGAAAAUCAACUCGUGAGGGUGAGCCCAGCUGUUGCUAUGACUGUGUUCUGUGUUCUGAAGGCGAGAUCACUAAUGCAACAGACAUGGAAGCCUGCAUUUUGUGCCCUGAAGAUCAGUGGUCCAAUCAAGGAAGAGACACCUGUAUUCCAAGAAUUGUAGAGUUCCUCUCUUAUGAAGACCCGUUGGGUGCUGCUCUUGCUGCUGUGGCUGUUGUCCUGGCUGUAAUAACAGUAUUAGUGUUGGGACUUUUUACAUUAAAUUGGGACAGUCCUGUAGUCCGAGCCAAUAACAGGGACCUCAGCUUCUUGCUCCUCAUUGCCCUCAUGUUAUCCUUCUUCUGCUCCUUGUUAUUCAUUGGGUAUCCUGGGAAAACGACUUGUAAACUGCGACAAACAGUAUUUGGACUUUUUUUCACUAUUGCUGCCUCUUCUGUCCUGGCUAAAACCAUUACAGUUAUCAUUGCAUUCAAAGCCACAAAGCCUGAUAGCAAAUUAAAAAAGAUAUUAAGGACCAGCAUGUCCUUCUGUUUUGUCCUUGUCUGCUCAUUGGGUCAGGCUGUUAUAUGUACUGUGUGGUUAAUCACUUCUCCUCCUUACCCAGACUAUGACACCCAGUCCAUCACAGGGAAGAUGAUAUUAAAGUGUAAUGAGGGAUCCCCUAUUGCAUUCUAUAUUGUUGUUAGCUACUUGGGAGUUCUUGCUGCUCUGAGUUUCCUUGUUGCAUUUGCAGUAAGGAAGGUGCCUGAUCGUUACAAUGAAGCCCAGAUGAUCACCUUCAGCAUGCUAGUGUUUUGCAGUGUCUGGAUCACUUUUGUCCCAGCCUACCUGAGUUCCAACAGCAAAUACAUGGUGGCUUUGGAGAUCUUCGCCAUCCUGACAUCCAGCAGUGGGAUACUGGGCUGUAUCUUCUUUCCCAAGUGUUACAUCAUCAUGCUGAGACCAGAACUAAACACCAAAGGGAACUUUAUAACUAAAGACACAAAUAUCAAAACAUAG